AUGGCAAUAACAUUCUUAUUUUUGAAAUGGCAGAGCGGAGUGGACAAGUACAAGGGCCGCAUCACCAGUGCAGGCAAAAGUAUGGAGUGGACCCAGCUGUCCUCGGUGGUAUCAUCUCUAGAGAGUCCAGGGAGAUGUGAGUUGUGCCCUCACAAAGAUGGUGCCCUCAAGAGGACAGACAGUGGAGGCUGGGCCCAUGUGGUUUGUGCACUCUAUAUUCCCGAGGUGCAGUUCGCCAACGUUCUCACCAUGGAGCCUAUCGUACUACAGUACGUCCCUCACGACAGAUACAUCAAGACGUGUUAUAUCUGUGAGGACCAUGGGCGAGAGAGCAAGGCUGCUUGUGGCGCCUGCAUGACGUGCAACCACCAGGGCUGUCGACAAGCCUUCCACGUCACCUGUGCUCAGAUGGCUGGCCUGCUGUGUGAGGAGGAGGGCCCUGAGGCUGACAACGUCAAGUACUGUGGCUACUGCAAGCACCAUUACAUCAAGAUGCAGAGGAAGAUGCGCUCCAGUGGAGAGAACACAGAACGCAGCUCCUUCGGCCACUCCAGGGGGCGCUCCACGUCCCCCGCCCAGGACAAACACGGCUCCCACCACCACAGGCUCAGGAAGAGUCACAAGGACAAGGUGAGGCUAAAGGAGCGGCAUAAAAAGUCCUCUGAUGGUCUGGGGUCCUCACUGUCCAGCAGCAUGGACAAGUUGUCGUCGGGUCACCACAGCAACAAGGACAGCGAGGGGAAUUCGAAGAGGUUGAGCUCUCACGGCCAGCUGGGACAUCGCAGUAAGAAGACAGGAAGCAUUGGCAAGAGCUGCUCCUCUUCCUCUUGCUCCUCCAGUCCCUUCAACACUGGUGGCGGCUCCCAAGACUUCCUCCCGUUCUCCUCUACCUCUCGUUUGGAGCGCGACCCCGACCGAGGAGCGGACGAGCACGGCGCCGAGGAGCCCCGGGACGAGCGGACCAGACGGACAGCGCCUGAGGAAGAUGACGAGGAAGAGGAGGAGGAAAAGGAAGAAGAGAAAGAAGAGGAGGAGGAAUUAGACAAUAGUAAAUACCACAACAAGGCCUCUCUGCAGCCCCCGGCCCUGACCCCGGUUGACGGACCUCACGAAGGGUCGUCGCAGGGUCCCGAGAGGUCAGAGGGCGAGGCCAACUCUUUCGAGACCAAGGUCACCAUCUCCACCUUCGGCUCCAUCAUGCGCAUCACUUCCUCCUCGGGUGGGCUAGGCGGCGGCAGCAGCAAGCUCCGCAAAAUCACUUCCUCCUCCUCGGGGGACUACAAGCUUUCCAAGUCGCUUCUCAAGUCCCCGCACCUAGCCACGCCCCCUAUACUGGAGGAGGCCAACCUAGAGGAGGACAAGGCCACGCCCCCACUACCGCUGCCAACACACCGGGAGAGGAGGCACCGUGGCAACAAGAAGAGCCGGCACGGUCCGGGGCGCCCGCGGGGGAGCAAGAACCGGGAGCGGACGGAGAGGCGAGAGGAGGAGUACCGUCAGCACCAUCACCACACGGCUCCUGCUCCACCUCCUUCCCUAACCUCCUCCUCCACCUCGUCCUCCUCGCUCUUCCCCAGCUCCUCCUCCCUCCCCCACACAGCGUACUCUUCCACCCUGCCCACCUCCUCCCUCUCCUCCUCCUCCUUCCCCUCCACUUCCUCAAGCGUCAGUUUCUCCACAGGCCGCGGCAAUACGCUGCUCGGCUCCGGAAUCUACACCAGUCACGAGGGCCCUCUGUCUUUGAGUGGGGGUGUCUGUAACACCCCUCUGUCGUUGGGCGGAGGCAUAUGUAGCACCGCUCUCUCAUCAGGACUCCUGCCAUCUCACGUCUCCACACUGUCACUUCAACCAGUCAACUCUGCCCUCAACACACAGGUGCACCCAUGUUCCAGCUCUUCCUACAGCCUCAGCUCCUCUCAGCCAUUUGGCAGGGUCCUUUCUACUGCCCGUAGUACACUGCCCUCACUACUGAGCCAAGCCCAGACCUCACUUCAAGAGUCCGAGAUGGACGACUGUCGCUUCCCAUGUCACGACAACUCGCCACGAGAGAGCCUUUCCUCACAGUCUCCUAUGAGCUGUCUGCCUCUACUGUUUGACCAGAGGGAGGGUGUGGGCCCUGGGGUCAGAGGUCGCCCUGAAAACGUCCCUCCAUCCAGCUCCCACAUAGAGCUCCUCCUGGAGAAGCAUGGCAACGGAGAGAUGGGUGCCAACAGUAAGUACACGGGGAUGCUUUGUGGCAGUCUAUAA